CUGGUCAUCAUGCAGUUGCAGCGUCAUUGUGGGCUGUCGUUUGAAUGAAGUUACAAGACACACAGAUCUUCCGCAUCCCAACUUAAACCCGGCAUUUGGAGUAGAGCUGUUUAAAGGACAAGCAAACAGAAAGAUGCCCGUAUUUACAGUGAAUGUGAAAUGGGGAAAGGAGAAGUUUGAUGCGGUGGAGCUGAACACAGAAGAGCCGCCCAUGGUGUUCAAAGCGCAGCUUUUCGCUCUAACGGGAGUUCAGCCGGAGAGACAGAAGGUCAUGGUGAAAGGAGGAACACUGAAGGAUGAUGAGUGGGGCAAUAUCAAGUUGAAAAAUGGGAUGACCCUUCUGAUGAUGGGCUCUGCUGACGCCCUGCCUGAAGAGCCUGUCGUGCGACCCAUGUUUGUAGAGGACAUGACGGAGGAGCAGCUCGCGUCUGCUAUGGAGUUGCCGUGUGGAUUGACGAAUCUGGGCAACACAUGCUACAUGAAUGCAACAGUGCAGUGUCUACGCUCCGUGCCUGAGCUCAAAGGCGCUCUCAGGAGGUAUUCUGGUGCCUUGCGGUCUUCUGGAGCUAACGCACCUUCCCAGUACAUCACAGCAGCUCUGCGUGAUUUAUAUGAGUCCAUGGACAAGACCUCGUCAAGCAUUCCUCCUAUCAUUCUGCUGCAGUUCCUGCACAUGGCCUUCCCACAGUUCGCUGAGAAAGGAGAUCAGGGCCAGUAUCUUCAGCAGGAUGCCAAUGAGUGCUGGGUCCAGAUGAUGCGGGUCCUUCAGCAGAAACUAGAACCUGAAGAACUAGAAACCCCACCAGAGACUGACAGUGAUAGUGGAGCUGCUGCCGCCACAAAAAAGAAGAAUUUCAUCGAUCAGUAUUUUGGUGUUGAAUUUGAAACUACUAUGAAAUGUACCGAGUCAGAGGACGAGGACCCAACUAAAGGCUCCGAGAGCCAGCUGCAGCUCAGCUGCUUCAUCAACCAGGAAGUGAAAUAUCUCGCCACUGGACUCCGACUGAGGCUACAGGAGGACAUCACAAAGUUCUCCCCAUCCUUACAAAGAAAUGCCCUCUAUAUCAAAUCGUCCAAAAUCAGCCGUCUCCCGGCAUACCUCACGGUUCAAAUGGUGCGGUUCUUUUACAAAGAAAAAGAGUCUGUGAAUGCCAAAGUCCUCAAGGAUGUCAAAUUUCCUCUUAUGCUGGACGUCUUUGAGCUGUGCACUCCUGAACUUCAGGAGAAGAUGCUUCCUAUGAGGACAAAGUUUAAGGAGGACGAAGACAAGAAAUUGGAGAUGCAGCAGCAGCAGCCGAAAGCGAUUCAGAAGGUUGGGGCUCCAAAGGAUAAGAAAUAUGAACCUUUCUGUUUUUCUGAAGACUUGGGCUCAAACAACAGCGGUUACUACGACCUGCAAGCGGUUCUGACGCAUCAGGGCCGAUCCAGUUCAUCUGGCCACUAUGUCGGCUGGGUUAAAAGGAAAGAAGAUGAAUGGGUGAAGUUUGACGAUGACAAGGUCAGCGUGGUGACCCCGGAGGACAUCCUGAAGCUGUCUGGUGGAGGGGAUUGGCAUAUAGCAUAUGUCCUUCUGUACGGCCCCCGGCGUCUGGAAAUACUGGAGUAACGGCGUUUCACGGAGGAAACUUAAACCAUAAUUGCCAUUUUCAAAGCACUGUCUGUAUAGAUGUGCAAAUAAAUUUGUGUCUUUAAAAACACGACCUUAAUUUCUGAACUCUUCAUGCAUCAACUCAAGUGGCGUAUCUGUUAAGGGUGUUUUCCCCCUUUCAUGGAUGGUAGAUUGAUGGACCUGAUCCUUUUUAUUGGACUUUUUUUUAAACGUUUUCUAUACGCAUUGAAUAUUUUUUAAGCCUGUGAAAAGGUGUUCAUGCUCAAUAGACAGAAUCCCACCACAGAAGUAGUGACUCGGUAUCUAAAGAUGUUCUUGGCCACGAGUUUUGGACAUGUAAAUGUGAAUUUGGAUCUCUCCAAAAGGAUCGUGUGUCUGAGCGAUCAAAGGUGGAUUUCAUAUCAAAGCACUUUGAGAAGAUGUUGUUCUGCUCGAUUACUGCUUCUGUCUUCUAGCUGCCAUUCAACAAAUGCCACUGUAAUCUUAUCUGUCCUGAAAUACUCAAAUACAAUCAAACUAAGAGAAUUUACCUCUGUAAUAAGUUAUUGUUUACUGGCUUUUCAUAAACCGUGAAAACAAAUAAACAUGCCAUUAACACCCUUGUGUGCAUUUUA